UUUUACUUCUCCGGUUCAAGCUUGGAAGGGCUAUUUUGCCUUUCAUCUUGUUGCCUCCCUUGUUGUUCGUCGAAAGCGCGAUAUUCUGCAUCCCCUCGCCCGUGCAGUCGCUUGUCGCUCGAUACCAUUCUUGCCAAUGCGAUGGAGAUGGAUGCGCUAGUCUCGAACUUGAUCGGGCAGGGUGAGCAGCUUUGCUUGCCUUCUCACCGUCAGACUCAAUAUUCUACCACAUGGCAAGAUCUGCUAUUGUCAUUCCUGCCACUAUUUCCGGCAUUGGCCUUUGCCCUCUUUGCGCCUUGGAAGUGUGUUCAACUUCGACAUGAGCCAAUCAAAGUCAUUCAGAAUAAGAAAGGAGCCUGGAAAGUAGCUACAUCGACCACUUUGUUUGUACUAUAUCUGGCCCAGGUGAUCCUUGAGGUUCAAGCAGACUCGCCCGCAAGAUUGCUCGGACCGGCUGUUGCGCUCCUGGCUGUUUCAGGCCUGAUUCCCUACUUAACCCUGAGGAACCAUGCCAGGUCAGUCAAACCUUUUGACCUGCUUAAUGCCAUCUUAGCUGCAUCGAUCGUUCUCGACGUGGUGCAGGCCAGCCUGCAUUUGCUCGGAACGCACCAGUGUCAGGUUUCCUCUUUGAAUUUGGCUACAUUCCUUGUCAAAACCGUGCUUCUGGCGCUCGAGUUGCAAAGCAAGCGCGGCAUCCUUCGCGAGUCCUGGCGCGACCUCUCGUUCGAAGAGACGGAGAGCACGUUCAGCCUGGCGCUCUAUUGGUGGGUGAAUGCGCUUCUCCGGAAGGGAUAUUCCAAGCUUCUCGACCCGGGGGACCUUCCUCCGUUGCCGAGUAGGCUCUCAUCGAAGCUGCUGAGGGCGAGAAUGAAGAUAUGCUGGAAUAAGCGAUCCAAGCCAGAGAAAAGAUACGCCCUCGCCUUAGCCACGCUGAGAUGUACCAGCAGGGAGAAUUUAGAGGUCGUCCCAUACAUGCUUGCCGCAACUCUCAUUCGCUAUGCGCAGCCUCUGCUGAUGUCGCGGUUGAUUACCUUUGUGGGUGCUUCUUCAGGGGAAGGGGCUAAGUUCCAGGGCUUCAAGCUGGUGGUUUCGGCGGCUUUGAUUUAUAUCGGCCUAGCUAUUUUGAAUGGCCAGCGGGAUAUAGCAAAGCGAAGAGUCGAUAUUGCCGUCAAAGGAUCGCUCGUCGGAAUCAUCCACGAAAAAGCCCUGCAGUCCAAUCAUGACGAUCACUCCGCCAUUGCGUUGAUUGGAAACGAUGUCGAAGAUGUGCAGAUGGCGGUGUCCCGAUUCCAUAAUCUAUGGUCCUCAGCUCUGUCACUAGGCUUGGGCCUCUUCUUGCUGGUUUCUCGACUCAACUGGGUCAGCAUUGUGCCGAUACUCUUACUUCUAGGUACUUCUCAGUGCAGCAAAUAUGUCUCGAAAGUCUUUGUCGCCAAGCAGCGGGCCUGGAAUGAUGCCUCACAGACGCGAAUCGGUCUCAUCAAGACCGUCCUGGAAAAAAUGAAGUCAAUCAAGGCCAUGGGCUUUUCGCAACAUGUCGAAGGAAAGAUUCAAGGCGCUCGUGACGUGGAGUUAGCGGCAGCCCGGGUGAUCUAUUGGCUGGACGUGCUUCUAGCAGCUUCUGCGAGUUUUCUCAAUGCUGUUGGACCGGCCAUCACCCUUGGAAUCUACACCACUUGGGCUAAGUGGACUGGACAUGCCCUUCUCGAUGCAGAUGGAAUCUUCACUUCGUUCGCUCUGGUCCAGAUGGUUACCCUGCCCGCCAACUCCAUCUUGUUCACCCUUCCGGCAUUUUUCUCCGCACUGGCAGGGUUUGACCGGAUCCAACGCUAUUUGUUAGAGCCCGUGCAAGAAGACAGUCGCGUCGUCCUUGCGAGAGGGGCAGAGGCUGCCAGUACGCCAAAGCGUGAUGAGCCGGUGGCGUUUAGAGAUGAUGCUAUUUCGGUGGAAGAUCUGACCGUCACUUAUAAUGGAUCCAGACCGGUGAUACAGAACAUCACGUUUAGUAUUAGCAAGGGUUCGAUUGUGAUCAUCACCGGAGCCACUGGGUCUGGGAAAACCACCCUGCUCCGGACGAUCAUAGGAGAUCUGCCACCCGAAACGGGGACCGCACUGGUUACUUCUAGCGUCAUGGCAUACUGUGCGCAGUCACCAUGGCUAGGAAACGGCACGAUUCGUGACAUUAUUGCCGGACCUCCAGGCUCGAAAGUGACCGACGACGAGUGGUACCGACGAGUCAUUCGAGCGUGCGAUCUGGAAUAUGACCUUCGAAAGCUGCCUGCGGGGGAUCGUACGAUGAUCGGCAAUGGAGGUACAUCUCUUUCCGGGGGCCAACGACAACGAGUGGCGCUCGCCCGAGCCAUCUAUUCCGGCCUAGAUAUCCUGGUUCUGGAUGAUGUGUUUAGCGCCCUCGAUGCUCGAACAGCUGGACGCAUCGGCAAUCGCUUGCUCGGUCCCGCGGGUCUGUUUCGCGAACUCGACAAAACUGUGAUUCUGAGCACACACACAGUCAACUUUCUUCCUUUCGCCGACGAGGUGAUCAUGCUGAAGAAUGGGAGCAUUGCCGAGCAGGGCCCGUGGGAGCAAUUCCAGGGCCAACCUCGCUUCAACAGCGUGAAGACACCCGAGGUCGUUGAGAGCGAUGAUGAUUUUGAAACCACCCAUACACCCUUUCAACAGGAACCGCCCAAGGCAAAGACACCGUCGGAUUUGACCCGCCAAACAGGCAACGGAGCCAUCUAUUGGCACUAUAUUCAAGCGAUUGGAAAACCGCGUGUUUUCGCCACCCUUGUCAUUAUGGUUUCCUCUGCGACCUUUGCGGUGCUCAUCCAGACCUGGCUGCGAUGGUGGUCAGCAGACAGCCAAGCCGAACAACGGACGUGGCUCCAUCUGACCGUCUAUCUGGCUCUCUCUCUUGGCCACUGGUCCGCUCUCGCCAGUAUCAGCACCGUCUCACUGCUCAUCGUGCCAACAUCCGGCCGCAACCUACACAAUCAGCUAUUGACGACCGUAGUCAAGGCUCCACUGGCAUUCAUCACCUCCACGGAUAUCGGCACGACGCUAUCGCGCUUCAGCCAAGACAUGACCCAAGUCGAUCGCCGCCUCCCAGGCCAAGUCGCCGCGCUAGGCAGUCAAGCAUUCAAGCUCCUUGCCCAGGUGUUUUUACUCUUCAUGGCGCAGACCUACAUGCUGAUCACGUUUCCCGUCCUAGCCCUAAUCGUCUACGCCAUUCAGAAGAUCUACCUCCUCACCAGCCGGCAGCUCCGGUGGCUCAGCAUGGAAGCCAACGCCCUACCCAGCAACAACUUCUUAGAAACCGUCCAAGGCAUCGCAACCAUCCAUGCCUUCGGAUGGGAAGACGCGUACGCCGCCGAGAACAGCAAAGCCGUGGAUGCCGCCCAAUUACCCUCCUACACCCUCUUCUCCAUCGAACAGUGGCUGGCCCUCGUGCUCGACUUGAUCGUCGCCGGGGUGGCCCUCCUCAACGUGAUCCUCAUCGUGACCCUCCGGGACCGCUUCACGCCCGGCGACGUGGGAAUCAGCUUGAACGUGAUACUCACCGUGAACAUGGUCCUCUUAAUCACCGUUCAAUCCUGGGCGAACUUUGACGCCUCGCUAGGCGUCAUCGCCCGUAUCAUGGACUUCGCAACGACGGUGACCCCGGAGGCUGAACCAACCGAACCACUACUCCCACCCACCUCAUGGCCCGCUCGCGGUGCCCUCGAAGUACGGAGCGUGGUGGCCGAUUAUGACCAGCCAACAGACGCAUCCCACGCGCUCGACCACAUCUCGUUGACCGUCAGCCCCGGCCAAACCAUCGGCAUCUGCGGCCGCACCGGCAGCGGGAAAUCCUCGCUCUUCUUAUCUUUCGUCCGUCUUCUCGAGCUAUCCGAGGGUAGCAUCCUCAUCGACGACAUCGAUCUAACCUCUCUCUCCCGAGACGUCGUCCGCUCUCGACUCAUCACCCCCCCCCAAGACCCCUUCAUCCUCUCUUCCGACUCCAUCCGUCACAGCCUCGACGCAACAGGCACUGCAACCAAGGAAGAGAUCCUGGACGCUCUGGAUAAGGUGCACCUCCUCACUCUCUUCGAAGACAAAGCAUUAGACGCCGGCUUCACCGCGACAUUGUUCCUCGACGUCCCAAUGACCGAGUGGCCGCUCUCGCAGGGCCAAUUGCAACUAUUUUCGCUCGCCCGGGCCCUGUUGCUGCGUCGGACGCGCGGGAACGUGGUUUUGCUCGAUGAGGCAACGAGUAGUAUUGAUCUGGAGACGGAUGCGUUGGUACAGCAGGUGCUGAGGGAGGAGUUCCGAGGGUAUACGGUUCUCGUUGUGGCGCAUCGGCUGGAGACGAUUGUGGGGGUGGACGCGGUGGUGGUGUUGGAGCAGGGUCGGGUGGUGGAGGUGGGGGAUGUGCGGGAACUGUUG